AGACUUAGAAUAAGUCAACAAUGUUGGUGUUACCGCUAAUAUUAUCGUUAAGUGUACAAAUUCACAUAAUUCUUACUCAAGAAUAUUCUUGCGAAACCAAUACCUUUCGCUGUGAAUCAUAUCUAACACAAAGUGACUGUCCUUUCAAUCAAUUCAUUGAAAUGGACCAAAGUUUGGGUUGUUGUCCAACAUGCCGCGGUGGACUGGGGUUCGGCGUAUAUGGAUGUAACAACAACAAUGUGCGACGGAGAUGUGCUCCAGGCUUAUUGUGUGAAAAUGCUACUUGUAUUUUGAACAAAAAGCUUUGUUCCUACACGUAUCAUCUGUCGUAUCUGCAAAAUCUACCGACUUGUGAAUUAGACGGAUCGUUUUCGGCGAAACAAUGCAAAGGGGGAAAGAUUGCAGGAAGAUGCUUUUGCCACAACGAACAGGGUGAAAGAAUCUUUGGUUUCGAUUGGUGGAAAAAUGCGGAGAACAUGACGUGCGCAUGCAGCCGUCACAGAGCAAGGCUCGAAGCUGCGGGUCGAUUAGAUGUUACAUUACACUGUGCUAGAAAUGGCAAUUACGAACCACUGCAAUGUGACUCGGGUGUGUGCUGGUGUGCCGAUCCGAAGACAGGAGUAAUCGUCCCGGGAACUGGCAGAGCAGUUCCACAGGGUCUAUGGCAGCUUUUGCCUUGUUAUAAUGCUGACGAAAUGGGCACUGAAUACCUGCGAGAAUGCGAGAGUGCAUCUCAUGCACAAAUGCUACUCAAACAAAAGUUAUACACACACGGCACCACAGACGUUUCGUUGAACCAUCUUCAAUGUGAUUACGAUGGUAGUUAUGGGAAAUAUAAAAUUGAAAAUGGGAUAGCAUCUUGUAUGUGGCGCGAUGGUACUAAAAUCGGAUCUUAUCAAGCCGGUGCCAAUUUAGUUGGACAGAUGAAUUGCUACUGUGCCAGAGAUCAUAAACAUUUCGAAGAAGCUGGCCUGUCACUAACGUUAUCGUGCACGGGAAAUGGUAACUAUGAGAAACCUCAAGGCUUUAAUGGAAAAAUAUUCUGUGUCGAUCGUGAUGGAUUCGCGGUGACAAGUUAUUUUGAUUCGGUUGUAGGCUUAGAUUGUGAUCCAUUUUAUUAUUACGAAAUUAAAGAGCCGUUGGAUUGAA